AUGUUGUCCAGCCGAUUGGUCACGAGGCUGGAUCUCGGCCAAAAGCGAACGAAACGAAACGAGGCGAACGAGACGUUGUGUGAAAUCUGCCACGACCUUCCGGAACGAUCGGUGCAGUACCGGCUCGAAUGGGUCGAGUAACUGGAUCGUGACGUACGUUUGACUCGUAUCUCGAUGUACUUGCGAGAUAUCGCCGCGCGAGGAUCCGCGCGUCCUCGAAACUUGAGGAAGCGGAGGAUCGAACGGAGACGAAUCACGAGGCGAUCGUCUCUCUCUCUCUCUCUCUCUCUCUCUCUCUUUUGCUUUCUGCUCUUGGUACUCGAGGAGUAGGAGAAGGUUAAACGAGUUAACCUCGAGGAACCACGACGACCUCACGGUCCACCCGUCGACUCCGUGUAUAGUAAAUAAUCUCUACUCACGGCGAUGAGAGCCACAUCUUGCGGACACUGGAGGAUUUUUGCGGGAUUGAAAGGAAGAAAUUGGAGAAGGAUUCACGAGGGAAGUCAAUCUUUAUUCAGUUUAGUGGAACCGAGGAGAAAAUUGACAAUCCGAGCUAGAUUGAGAUCGAUGUUUGUUUCUUUUUUGGCAAUUUCGUGGAAUUUUUUUAUCUGUUUAAGAUUUCGUGCAGUUUACUUCCAGAGAUUUAUAGGAACAUUCGGUGAUGUUACUCGUUGACGAUAAUAAUAUUAAAUAAUACUUUAGGGUAUUUCAUCUUUGUCUGAUGCAAAUGUUACUUGUUAACGUAAAUUCAGAAACUCUAUCCGGACUGUCACUCACUUUGGCAAGAAAGAUUUAGUGCAAUCUAUUUUCAACAUUUAUUUCCCUGGCUCGAUAUAAAUCUUGUUUAA